CAACAUCAAAUCUCCCAAAAAGUAAUAGGUACAUAAAGAAUUAGAGAAUAAAUUAGUAUUACUUUAUAAUAUUUACUAAUCUUUCGCAUGGUGAACUAUAUUUUUCGCCAAAAAAAGAAUUUUAUUUUAUCGUGCUGCAUUGUGAUAUUAUUGAAAAAAAAAAAUGUUUUUCAUUUUACGUACCUAGUGAAAGACUGCUCUAGCCUGCUCUAGCUAACAUUUCAAGAAGUUGGUUACCUAUGUAUAAUUUCUCUUUAAAUUGAAUAAAUUAGUACCUAUAACAUAUAAAAAAUGUUUUUAAAAGUCUUAAAAUCGUUGAAAAAUUACCGUUAUGUCCAAACGAUGAGAUCAUAUGCUAACCAGCAAAUACCGAAUCCUGCUUCAAGUGACGCAGUUAUGCUCAGUGAAACCUGUGUGAAAAGGCUGAAGGAGCUGUGCCAUGAUAAUUUCUUUUUGAGACUUUGUGUGGAGAGUGGAGGAUGUUCUGGAUUUCAGUAUAAAUUCAGUUUAGACAACAAUCUUUCAAAUGACGACAAAAUUAUUGAAAGAGAUGGGGUGAAGGUUGUUGUUGAUGAAACUUCAUUAGAUUAUAUAAAAGGAUCGACCAUAGACUACCACACUGAGUUAAUACGAUCUGCGUUCCGGGUUGUACAAAAUCCAAAUGCCGACGUAGGUUGUUCCUGUGGAGCUAGUUUUUCAAUAAAAAUUGAUUAGGUAGUUAUUUAUGAGUAAUGCAAUAAACUUGUACAAAUGUAGUGUUUAGGUUAUAUUAAGUAUAUUAUAGAGAAUG